GUCACAAAUCGAUCCCAACCUCUCUCUCCUUUAUCUGUCUUCACAAACUAUCAGAUCCAUCAUUUGUUCUCAAUCGCAUUCACAAUCUCUCUUACAUAUAUAAACUCUCUCCCUUUUUAAACCCUCUCUUACAAAUUUCUCACAUCAAUUUCUUCCCGCUCUAUCACACUCCCUUUCAAUUCAUCUCAAAAAAACGAUAAAUAACAAACCCUAAUUCCUGAUAACAAGUGGGUUGUGGCUGGAUUUUGAAAGGGUAGCAUAAAAAUUAAGACUUGAAUAGGAUUCAUGGCUGAUCAAGGAUUGGAAGGGAGUCAACCUGUGGAUCUGUCAAAGCACCCUUCUGGGAUUGUGCCUACUCUUCAAAAUAUUGUGUCCACCGUCAAUUUGGACUGUAAGUUGGAGCUAAAAUCUAUUGCGCUUCAAGCUCGUAAUGCGGAGUAUAAUCCCAAGCGUUUUGCUGCUGUGAUUAUGAGGAUCCGAGAACCAAAAACAACUGCACUAAUUUUUGCAUCUGGCAAAAUGGUCUGUACUGGAGCUAAGAGUGAGGUACAAUCAAAAUUGGCAGCAAGGAAGUAUGCUAGAAUUAUCCAGAAGCUAGGCUUCCCAGCUAAAUUUAAGGAUUUUAAGAUUCAGAACAUUGUUGGCUCUUGUGAUGUCAAGUUCCCCAUACGGCUUGAGGGUCUUGCAUAUUCCCACGGUGCUUUCUCAAGUUAUGAACCAGAGUUGUUUCCAGGACUAAUCUAUCGAAUGAAGCAGCCCAAGAUAGUCUUGCUUAUAUUCGUAUCUGGAAAAAUUGUUUUAACAGGAGCCAAGGUGAGAGAUGAAACUUAUACAGCCUUCGAGAACAUAUAUCCAGUGCUUACUGAGUUCAGGAAAAACCAACAAUGAUUAUUGACAUGAGCAAGAGCAAGGUUUUCUGGCUGAGAAGAAUAUGGAUGGUGGUUGGCUCGACUGAGCUGUAUAUACUGAGACAGAGAGGAGAUAUUUGGAAUGAGAUAAACUUAGCCGUUUUUGUUCUGCUUGUGAUGGAUCUUGAUCUUGAUGUAGUAUAGGGAAAAAACUUGUAUCUUUGACAAUUCAAAAACAAAACAAGAUUUUUAAAGUGGCUGAAAAGAGCUUAAUGGUUA